UGGUCGGAGUAAUGGGAUCCAGGAAUUUUAUAUCACUGUUGUAUCAGAUUUACAAAAAACUGCAGGAAUACAAUUACGUUGGAAAAAACGAUUUGUUUGAACUGAUUGAUGUGCCGAGUUAUAUGAAUGAAGGACAUUGUCCGAUGAUCUUGAUGAAGAUGAUACGGACUCGUCCGAAGAUACAUCUCAAUCGGAUUGUCUGUUUAAAGAGCCAGAGUCACAGGAUGAAGAAGCUGCAAAAGAAGCAGCAAGCGUUGUGGCUGAUGUUGUCAAAGAUGUCAUUGAUGACGAUGAAUCGAAUUGUGGUGAUGAAACCACAAAAGAUCAAGGAUAUACUCCGCUGUCAUCCAAGAAUAAAGAUGACAAAGUUGACAAACAAAAUAUGAAUGAGC